UCUUCCUGUGACGUAAACCUUUUUCCGGCACUGUGCGCCUGCGCAGCGGAAGCACGUGUAGCCGACAGCAUGGCGGAUGAAGUUGUGUUGGACCGAUCGCAGGUGAAAAAAGCCGUUCAGGCCCUGCAGGCCUUUCUAAAAACUCAACCCAGCACAAAUUCCCUGCUGUUGGACGAAGCUCAAAAGAUCAGCGUGCAGUUCACCCUUUGGAAAAUUCCCAAACGCGCUCAAACGAUCCGCAUACCGUUGCCUCACGGCCAGCGGACCGACACGGACGAGGUUUGCCUUUUCACCAGAGAUGAACCCAACAUGACGUCAGAGCAGACCCAGAGGUUCUACAAGAAGCUGCUGGAGGAGAGAGGAGUCAAAGGCAUAUCAGAGAUUAUUCCCUACAAGAUGCUGAAAGCGGAAUAUAAACCGUAUGAGGCCAAGCGGCGCCUCCUGGGGAACUUUGACGUGUUCCUCUCGGAUGACCGGAUCCGCCGCCUGCUGCCAUCCCAGCUCGGGAAAGAGUUUUAUAAGAGAAAGAGAGAGCCGCUCUGCGUGGACCUCCAGAGCAAACAUCUGGCCAGAGACGUGCAGAGAGUCGUCCAGGGAACCCGGCUGAGCGUGACCAACAAAGGCUGCUGCUGUUUAGCGCACGUGGGGCAUUCCAGCAUGAGCGCGGAGGAGGUGACGGAGAACGUCCAGGCCGUCUUCCAAACGGUCCUGUCCAAGAUCCGGAUGAAAGGACCUGUGAUCAAAGCGGUGCACGUAAAGAGUUUGACGUCCGUCGCUCUGCCCGUCUACUGCUCGGACCUGAACCACCUCGCCGUCCUGGACGCUCUCCAGAGCCAGAAAGCUGCUGCCAAAAAGCAGACAAAGAAAAAACCGAGCAAAGGCAGAAAACAAGAAGACGGGACCGCAAAAAGGAAGGAAGAGGAGGAAGAAAUCCCACAGCUGGUUCCCAUAGAAACGCCCAGCAAAAAGCCCAAACUGGAGAAGCCAAUCAAGAAGAAUCCGCCGCAAAAAGUGUCCAAACCGGCAGUGAAGAAAGCGGCCAAAUCUCCCGGCAAACGGCCGAAGAGGCCGGGAAAGACGGCGCCCAGCGGGAAGAGAAAAGCGCAUAAAGCAAAGUGAUUCUCAGCGCGGACAGUCGACGCUUCACCAGUCCAGUUUGUUUGUAGAAAAGUUUGUUUUUCCUCCACAAAACCCAUAAAGUCUGUUAUCCGA